UGUUUCGAGUAUUUUCGAAGUUUUGCUAUAAUUUUCGCGAUAAUUUUAAGAUGGAUAAUUUUAAAGCGCUAAAGAAUUGGAAUACCUGUGGAGGAGAGAGUGCGGAGGAAAGCUCCUCGACAUCAGGAACGUCUUCCUCUUCGAUUCGAGUGAUUCGCGUGCGUCCGAAAGAAGUGCUGGAGGGUGCGAAGGAACCCGACAAGAAACGGGUGAUUGUCACCAUUCCCGAUGAGAGCACGUCGUCUGUCAUCGACUACCUGGAACAGAGAUAUCCAGAAGUUCCGGAAUGGUCGGUGCAGAGAGAGACACGCGAGGAAGGAGUCGAAGGGGAGUGUAAAUCGAUCCUGAAAAAGAGGAAAAAGAAGCCUUGGUGGAAGAAGAUUUUCUUCUUCUGGAAGAAAUAAAUCUCCGAGGUCUUCUUAUUAAAUGUGACUUUUAUUUUCGAUUGUGACAUUUUUACCCGGAUGUGACUUUUAUUCCCGAUUGUGACAUUUUUACCCGGAUGUGGACUUUUACCUGGCUUUGACCUAAUGACCGGAUGUGACUUUUAAUGGCGG